CUUGUGGUAUAGUGUAGUGUAGUGUUGGGGUAUAAGAAGAGGUGAGAACGAAAAAUGCGGUGCGCGAGGCAUAACAAGAUCGGGGAUGCCAUUGCUCAUAUCCAGUUCCGCAAAGGCAUUUUUCCUCUCCGCGUUCCCACACUCGAAGCGAAUGUCGAAUUCCGGCGUCAAAACGCGCCUCAGAGGUGUCGUUUUCGACAUGGACGGCACUCUCACCGUUCCGGUCAUCGAUUUUCCGGCGAUGUACAGGGCGGUGCUCGGCGACGAGGAGUACCGCAGAAUCAAAGCGGAAAACCCUUCCGGCGUCGACAUUUUGGGGGAAAUCGAAGCGUGGCCUCCUCAUGAACAACGCAAGGCCUACGACACCAUCGCCGAGUACGAGCGUCAGGGUCUCGACCGCCUCCAAAUCAUGCCUGGUGCUACCGAGCUAUGUGCCGUUCUCGAUUCCAAGAAAAUAAGGAGGGGUUUGAUCACUCGGAACAUGAAGUCAGCUGUUGAUUUAUUCCAUGAACGGUUUGGGAUUACAUUUUCUCCGGCAUUAAGCAGGGAAUUUCGUCCUUAUAAACCCGACCCAGCUCCUCUACUGCAUAUUUGUUCUCUUUGGGAAGUUCAACCGAAUGAAGUAAUAAUGAUUGGGGAUAGCCUUAAAGAUGAUGUGGCUUGUGGAAGGCAAGCAGGAGCCUUUACAUGUUUGCUUGAUCAAAAAGGAAUAUAUGAUUCUCCCGAGUAUGCUGAUGUUGAAUUCAAACCACAUUUCAAAGUGACUUCCCUCGCCGAAGUUAACUCAGUUCUCGAGGUAAAUUUUAAUUUGUUGCCAUGACGUCAAGGAUUGUUCGCAUGAACCAUUUAUUUUGUGGUUUAUGCCAAGAGAUCUGGAGGUGACAUAUAUUUUAGGGUAGUUUUAUUUCUUACCUCUUGCAAGGAAACAAAAUAUCAUUGAAAAUUUUAGGUUUGAGGAUUUAAUAGGUGGCAUUUUAAUAAUAAUGUUGUAACUUGUAGUUAUUUUCAUUGUCUUGUAUGAGCGUGAAUUCCGUCCAUAAAUAUUGUUCUUGAAAUUAAUGUCAGUAACAAGAUACACUGGAUUUUGCCGUA